CUGUAGUUACACACCACAACCAAAAUACGGAAGAGGAAAGGAAUCAAAUCGGGAAAACAAAAUUGUUGGCGUUUGAGGGGCUUGUAUUAUAACAUUGCAACAUGGAGGACCAGGAGAUGCAACUUAAAGUUAGACGAGUGGCUGACAAAUUCACGGAGAGCAUGUAUGUUUUGGCAAACGAGCCCUCGGUAGCUCUGUACAGGCUGCAAGAGCAUGUCCGGAGGUCUCUUCCAGAACUGGUGCAACACAAAACAGACAUGCAAAGUUGGGAAGAACAAAGUCAAGGCGCCAUCUACACUGUGGAAUACGCAUGCAGUGCUGUGAAGAGUAUGACAAACAGCAGUCUAUAUUUCAAGAACAUUGACGGUUUGCUUCGCCAGGCCAUCAGUCUAAAGGAGCGGAUUAACAAUUCUCAAGGACGCAGUCCCCAUGUCUCUCCUCCACCUCAUGUCCGGUCUACUUCCUCAUGACCUCUUCGCUGAGGUUUUCAAGAAAAAAGGCAGUAGACACAGGAAUGCCAAAAGAAGGAGAGAAGCUCACCACUGGAAUGUGAUGAUUUUGGCAUUGUCCUUCCUUUCCUCACUUAAGUAAAAGUGUCUGAAGAAAGGGUCAUAAGGCCAAUGACACCAAGACCUUGUUACAAUGGAGAGGCUUGGCUCCAGUCAUGCCUGCAGUACAAGCUGCGCUGCCAGGUUCAGCAUUAAAAACACUCAUGGAUACUGCUCAAAGAAUGCAUUGUUCUUGGACCAGAAUGAACAUGGCAUUACAGCUUGUGCCUCAGCCAUUUAAAGUCUACAGAACUCAAGAUUCUCUUAUUCAGUUUAUUAGACAAGCUAACCUUUUUUUUUACAUUUGCAGUCUUUUGGUUAACUGUUGUACUUUGCAUAUUAUGUUCAUGCUAUUUUGAAUGCCUCCCAGAUCCCACACACGCAUUUUUAUAACAUGAUGUGAUUUAGUUUUGUGACUGUUUACCUGCCAAGUAAACAGAGACUCCCAUGCAGAACAGCCCAAUUGCCACAUGUCGUAUUGCCCUGCUGUCCAGGAGGAACCAGUCUGCUCUGUGGAGACAAAAGCCCUUGUUAACUGUGCCAUAAAUGAAAGCGGUUGGCCACAAUCAGAUUAUUGUUGUUGCUAUAUUGCGUUUUAAUGUUCCCAUUUCUUUCUGAGUUAUGCAGCUUCCCAAUCAUGAAUGAUUGAUUGAUUGACUGAUAUUAUUUAUGUUGCUGUAGCAUCUGUCCCAUCAUGUCUGUAUAGGUUCGAAGAUAUCUAAUGGUGGAUUUGUAAACGGAUGUGGGAGCGAGCCAGAUAGGGGCCGUGCACUGGGUGCUUAAGAGGAAGCCCAUUGUGUCUAGAUUCAACCCGAUGCAGGAUUUUGAAGGGUGGGGGUUGCUCAGUGCAAGUGAGUCUCAGAAAAUAUGGGGAUACGCCUUUGGUAUUUCACUUCACUCAAAUAUACUAUUUUCACAACUUAAUCCUCUUUGGACUGAAUACAUGAAAAGAAUGAA